AUGUCUGACUUGCACGUUUACCUUAUCGCGCCCAACGGCUUAAAGUUCAAGCAGCCUUUGGGCCUAUUCAUCGACAAUGAAUGGAGAUCAUCCUCAAAGGGGGCGGGUAUUUCAACUAUAAACCCUGCAAAUGAAGAAGAGAUCUGUACGGUGCAUGCAGCAGACACGAAGGAUGUCGACAUGGCUGUUGAGGCUGCCCGUCGGGCAUUCAACGGGGAGUGGCGGACGCUGGACACAUCUGUGCGUGGUGAGCUGUUAUACAAGCUUGCUGGUUUGCUUGAGCAACAUGCAGAUGUACUGGCCACCAUUGAUUCCUGGGAUAAUGGCAAGACCUACCAUGCUGCCCGGAACGAAGAUGUUGUGGGAGCUAUCAGUUUACUGCGAUAUUAUGCCGGUUGGUCUGAUAAAAUCCAUGGAAAGGUUAUCGACCCGAAUGCACAUAAAUUGGCAUAUGUGAUGCGCGAGCCAAUUGGAGUUUGUGGCGCCAUUAUCCCUUGGAACUUCCCUCUUGUGAAUAUGGUGACCAAGGUAGCUCCGGCCCUAGCGGCGGGCAACACACUCGUCGUCAAAGUGGCCGAACAAACCCCUCUUUCAGCUCUCUACUUUGCAAAUCUUGUCAAGGAAGCUGGGAUCCCGGCUGGAGUGGUGAAUGUGCUCAAUGGUACCGGUAGGGAGGUUGGCUCUGCUAUAGCAGCUCAUGCCGACAUUGAUAUGAUUACAUUCACUGGGUCUACUCCCACUGGCAAAGAAAUCAUGAAGAGCGCUGCCAGUACGCUCAAGAGAGUCACCUUGGAGACGGGUGGAAAAUCGCCAAUGCUGGUCUUCCCAGAUGCAGAUCUAGAACAAGCAGUGCGCUGGGGUCACCGAGGCAUCAUGUCCAACCAGGGACAAGUUUGUUCAGCAACAAGUCGCAUAUUUGUACAUGCUGAUAUCUACGAAACCUUUGUCAGUCAGUUCAAAGCAGAGGUGGAAAGGAUCUCCAAGGUUGGCGACCCUUUCCAUUCAGACACCUUCCAAGGCCCGCAGGUCACCAGGGACCAGUUUGACCGAGUUCUCUCUUAUAUGGAGACUGGAAAACGGGAAGGGGCACGGUUAGUGUGCGGUGGAAAGGCAUUCAAGAAUGUUAGAGGCAAGGGAUUUUACGUCGCCCCAACCGUAUUCGCGGACGUAACAGACAGUAUGACCGUUGUUCAGGAUGAGGUUUUUGGUCCGUUCGUGGUUAUUGCACCUUUUCACGAAGAGGCAGAGGCGAUCGAACGCGCGAACAGCACGGUCUUUGGGUUAGGUGCAUCCGUCUUCACAAAGGACAUCUCGCGUGCUUUGAGGGUAUCGAAGAGAAUCCAGUCUGGCACGAUCUGGAUCAACAGUAGCAAUGAUGAUGAUGUGCGCGUGCCAUUUGGUGGAUACAAACAAUCAGGGUUCGGGCGGGAGAUGGGCGAGGAAGGUAUCGAGGCGUUCACUAUUACGAAGUCUGUUCACAUCAAUCUGAACGCGAGGUUAUAA